CCUAGACUCCCGCCCUGAAGCAUGGCCAGCCUCGCUCCUCCACCUCAUCCACUCAACAGACACCGUGCUUCAUCUACAAAUGUGAGGCCGCCCCUCACUCUUGGUUCCCUCGGUCGGCGACGGUCCAACUCUGACCUGCCCCCUCUCUGCCACACUCCUUCUCCAGUAGGCACUCCCACUAUGCAGAAGGACGUCUCGCCUCUCGAGCUCGACAUUCCGUCGUCGACCCACAAGCUGCUCGCGAAGGCUACUUUUGUCGAGCUCUAUUCGCGCUUCAUGGAGCUCUUUCACACAGCCCAGAAGGAGUCACCGUACUCCUCCGAGCCCUCGUCCCCGCGUCUAAGCCGUUCGAGUACGAGCACAGAGGACAGCAUCCUGCCGAUAUCAUCACCAACAGCUGCGUCCUUCCGUGAAGCAUAUUCAGAAAAACCUACAGCAAUUAAGCCUGCAUCUUCGUGGUGGCAUGGCACACCAUCCGUCCACACUCCUGUAUUCUUCGUUAUUGCUAUGUUUCCGCUAUCGACCGCGCUGCUGUUGUUCUUCAUGUCCACCCUGCCUAUCACCACAGCAUGGCCCCGAAAUCUCACCGAUCUUGCGCAGCUUGGGCGUGAGCUGCACGGGUACUCUCAGAGCGGAGCAGGACCGAUGGCUCAUGUCAUUGGAGUCCUAUCUGUCAUCGUUACUUGGAAUCACGCCUGGUCCAUUCCGGGCAGUGUCCUCUGGAACGUCCUUGCAGGCGCUCUGUUCUCGCCCGCUCUCGCGACUGUCCUUCUAACGCUCCUCACAACAAUCGGAUCAAUCUUUGCGAGCCUUCUGGCGGCGCCAUUAGCGCCGUAUGUCGUGAGGUAUUUUCCGAGGGCACUUGACCUUACGCGGAACGCAAUCGAAGGUGCCUCGACCGACAGCUCGAAGUCGUCACCGUGGAUCAGACUCUCGAUUCUACGCCUCAUCGGCGUUGUGCCGUGGUCGGGGAUCAACAUUGCGUGUGGAGUCUGUGGAGUACCAAUGCUGGACUGCUUCCUCGGCUCCUUCAUCGGUUCCUUGCCCUGGACCGCUGUCACAUGCCAGAUCGGCGAUAUCCUCCAGACAGUCGCGUCUACUCCGUCGCCAACUCCACAAAGCAUUCAAUCACUGCUCACUUCUCCGGAAAUAAUCUUCAAACUCGUGUUCCUCUCGUUCCUCUCUCUCGCGCCGAUUCUCGGCCGCAAGCACCUGCAGGCAUUAGUGUCGCAUUCAACUUCCUCCGCGGACGAGCUCGAGAUGUCAAUGGCUCCAGGCGAGGAGAGAGUGGCGCGUUGGGCAUGGAUUAAGGACUGGCGUGAACGGAUCCGCGUCCCGUCACGGUCCCGGGCCCGUGACAGCUCCCGCCAGGAGUUGCGAGUGCUCAUUCAGGAGAAAAACGCGAGUCUCCCGCUGUGAGCGGAUGCGCGGCGGUUAUUGCCAUUGGUUACUUUCACGACUUCCGACUUUGUCGUUACGACCUCGUCGGUUCACGCAUCCACGAUACUCACGCCCACGGCUACCCCGUGGCAGUCACGAUCGUCCACACUAUUCAUAUUCGCCUCCUCGCACCUUUCACAUGUUCAUCCACCUGUUGCAUUGCUCUAGACCUCAGCAUUUCGACCGGUACAUCUCGGAAGCACCUCCGCAACGCAUCGUCGACCAUACCGCAUUCUAUGUCCUCACUAGUGCCGCGCACGUUAUCAUAUUCAAAUACUCCCAUACGAUGUCGUUGAAAUGCGUCUUUCCACGACAUUUGCUCCGUAUUGUUCGAUUGGGCGCUACUUUACGACUCCUAAUGCCACUCUUCCAUUCAUUGUUGAUGAUACCUCUAAUUCCAACCAUCUACUUGCAUAUGGGGACCAGCCCACUGCAGGUGCUAUUUGGUUGGUCUACUUAUCUAUUUAUCACACUGCUUAGUUGCCCAUUUGCUGUUCAUUCGUCGUCCUGAUAACUCGCCUCAGCACGCUAGGCGAGUGGGUAUAUUUUCUGGGUUGCAUUACUGUCGAUAGCUUGUCGGUCGCUUGAAAUCAUAAAUCUU